AUGGCUGCAGAUUCUUGCAAUGCAGUUAUAAAAGGUAUAGACUCUGUGAAGAGUAGACAUUUGGGAAAUUCGGUGAAUAAUGAAUUGGAUGGUGCUAAGAAACAGCUAAAGUUUGUAGCUGAAUUUCUCAAGCAAUUGGAAAAACGUACCCCCGAGAAUAGGCUUUCUGCACAAAUUGAGUCCUUAUUUGAAGAAGCUCACAAUGACUUUUAUGAGAUAUGGUGCCAUAUGAAUAAUGAAGGCCGGACAAAGGUCACAAUCAGAAUGAUUUCAAAGGUGCUGAAAAAACUAAAACCGGCGUUUAUUGCUAGGCGAAUCAAAGAUUCAAAGCCAUUGAGAUCAACUAUCGGAAUUACUGUCGAGAUGAUGACAUUUGUAGAUUCUUUGCUUGAGAGUGUUCUGGUUCUAUGGAACUGUAUGAAGGAUUUUAUCACCCCUCGCAUCACUAAAGUCGAAGUGCUUGAAAAGAAGCUGAUAUCUCUGAGAUUCCUCAUUUUUACUGCAUAUUCUUGCGUUUAUGAGGACGAGACAACAAUGAGUGAUCUCUUCACCCAUGCUGAGGAUGUAGCUUACACUGCUGCACACUUAUCUUUCUUAUAUUUGGACCCGGAAAGAGUGGUGCAUUCUGAGUUCUAGCUGUUGGAAACAGUAAGUCCUUUUGGACCUGAAUUGAGACAGAUUUAUACGUGUGUCCUAAAAUGCCGAUCAAAUUUAUCAGGAUCAAAAACUCCAAUGAUAGCUCAUGAAGUUGUGGAAGGUUUUCUUUGUUCUCUCCGAGAGGACCUAGAAGAACUGCUAAGUCGUGACGACAGCUUGAAAGUGACCUUUGAUGAUCAUAUGCAAUGGCUCCAACAAGGAUUGGUUUACCUUGGUACUUUUCUUCUGAACUUGCCAACACCAUGCACUGAGGACCAAAAGCGAUUUUCACUUCUAUCACAUAUUGAAGAUGUGGCUAGUGAGGCGGCAAUUCUGGUCUACUCCUUGUAUGAUGAGGAUGUGGACAAGACUACUCAUUUUCCUUUGCAAGUGAAGUUUAAUCAUGUCAAGAUAGAGGGUGAGAUGAUUAAGCUGCAUGAAACAACCGCGGUGGGUUCUUUGAAGGAUCUGAUUGAUGAAGUUCAACAAGAGCUGAUGUUCUUGAGAACUUUUCUCAUGGAUUCAUUGCAGCAGUGCAUAGAGCAAGCUAAGAUAACUGAUGUCUUGUCACUGGUUCUAUAUGUAACCACCGAAGCAGGAUCUGUCGUUAAUUCUCUUUCAAAUGAUUUGGAGCAAGGAGAUUUGGUCAUGGAAAUGGAUAUUGCAUAUUGUCAAUUGAUUCUUAAGUUUAAAUUUGUCAAUGCAGUAAACAGACAAACGUGUCCCGUCAUUUUUGAUUCAUCGGAAUCAAACCAUCCUAUGAGAAAGCUUCUGGACUUUCUUCCUAUUAACUUUGAUGUCAUUGAUUCAUAUUUCAGCAUGCUAAAAUCCUCAAAGACAUCAGCCUUUGGUAGCCCGAAGAUUGGUGAGGUUUUGAUGGGGUUUCUUGAAUAUAUUCUCGAUCAUCUCCAAGAGUUGCUGAAUGAUGAAGGCAGUUUGAUUGCUACUGCUACAAAUGAGGUGAAAAAGUUCUACCAGGGAUUGUUGCUUCUAGUAACAUUUUUCAUUGACACCUCGAUCCAGUACACUGAAUGUGAGAAACAAAAUUAUCUCUUGACUGAAAUUGAAACAAUAGUGAUUGAGGCUGAAGCUGCCGUCAAUUCAUUGUUUAAGACUACUGAAGUAGAGCAUGUGCUUUUCCGUUUGCAAGUUAAGCUUAAUCUUAUCAAGGUAGAGAGCAGUCUGAUUGAGCUACGGAAACAUGAAGCCACCGUGAUUUCUCCUUUGAAGGAUCUAAUUGUCAAUGUCAAGGAUGAGCUGUUAUUCUGGAGAAGUUUUCUCAUGGAUUCAUUGGAGCAGACCAAAGGGAAAACUAAAAUUACCGUGCCUUUUUCCGUGCAAAUAAAGCUUAACCAUAUAAAGGUAGAGAGCAGUUUGAUUGAGCUACUAAAACAUAGCGCCACCAUGAUAGCUCCUUUGAAAUGUCUGUUUAAAGAUGAGCAGGAAGAGCUGAUAUUCUCGAGAACUUUUCUCAUGGAUUCAUUGGAGCAGUGCAAAGAGCAAACUCAAAUAAGUGUUGUUUUGACCAUGGUUCAAUCUGUGACCACUGGAGCAGGAUUGCUCAUUAGCUCUCGUUACUUCAAUUCAAAUCGAGGAGACUUGGACGGAGAAAUCAAUCUCUUGCAUUUUGCAUUGCUUCUUAUGUUCAAGUUCAUUAAGGCAGUGAUUAGACAGAUGUGUCCCGUUAUUUAUGAAUCCACGACAGUGAUUGAUCAUCCUUUAAUAAAUCUGCUGAACUUUGUUCCUAUCAACUUUGAGAUUAUUUAUUCUUACUUUAGCAUCCUCAAAUCCACAAAGACAAUAUAUUUGAGAAGCCCGAAGAUGGAUGACGUAUUGAUGGUGUUUCUUGACUAUAUUCUCAACAAUCUCAGUGUACUACUGAAGGAUGAAACCAAUUUGUUUGUUACUGCUGCAAAUGAGGUGAAAAAGUUUUACCAAGGGUUGUUGCUUAUAGUAACAUUUAUUGCUGAUCCCCCAAGUCAGUACAUUGAAUGUAAGAACAAAAAUGACCUCUUAAUGGAAAUUGAAACUAUCGCAAUUGAGGCUGAAUUUGCUGUCCGUUCAUCUUAUGAGGAUCAUUCAAUGCUUUUACCUUUGCAACUGAAGCUCAAUUGUGUUAUGGCAGAGAGCAGUCUGACUAAGCUACGUAAACAUACCGAUAUGGAUCCUUUGAAGAAUCUGAUUGUCAAUGUCAAGGAAGAGUUGAUAUUCUUGCGGACAUUUUUCAUGGAUUCAUUGGAGCAGUGCCAAGGGGAAACCAAGAUAACUCUGCCAUUUCCUUUGCAGGUGAAGCUUAAUCAUGUCAAGGUAGAGAGCAGCUUGAUCGAGCUACAGAUACAUGACGCCACCUUGAUGGCUCCUUUGAAGGAUCUUCUUGACAAUGUUAAGCUAGAGCUGAUAUUCUUGAGAGCUUUUCUCAUGGAUUGGUUUAACAAGUGCAAAGAGCAAACUAAGAUAACUGAUGUUCUGACCCUGGUACAAUCUGUCACUACCGAUACAGGAUCACUCAUUAAUUUUCUUUCUCAUAAUUCAAAGCAAGGAAACUUGUUGUGGGAAAUUAGUCUCCUGCAUUUCAGAUUGUUUCUUAAGUUUAAGUUCAUCAAGAGAGUAAUUGGACAGAUGUGUCCCAUCAUUUCUGCAUCAUCAACUCUAAAUGAUGCUGCGAUAAAUCUGCUGGAGUUCAUUCCGAUUAACUUUGAGGUCAUUAGUUCUUAUUUCAGCAAGCUGAAAUUCUCUAAGACGUCAUUCAUAGGAAUCCCAAGGAUGGAUGAGUUUUUGAUGGAGUUCCUUGAAUAUAUUCUAGACAAUCUCCGCGAGUUACAAAAGGAUGAAGCUGAUUUGAGAUUUCAUGAGGUGAAAAAGUUUUACCAAGGGUUACUGCUCAUAGAAACAUUUCUUGCUGAUCUCCCUGUUGAAUGCAAGAAACAACAGGAGCUCCUGACAGAAAUUGAAAAUAUCGCAAUUGAGGCCGAAACUGCUGUCAGUUCCUGUUGUGAGAAGACUACUGAACCAGACCAUGUGCUAUUUCCUUUGCAAGUGAAGCUUAAUCAUAUCAAGGUAGAGAGAAGUUUGAUUGAGCUAACAAAACAUGAACACUUGGUAGCUCCUUUGAACGAUAUGAUCGAGAAUGUUAAGCAGGAGUUGAUAUUCUUGAGAAACUUUCUCAUGGAUUCAUUGAAUCAGUGCAACGAGCAAACAAAGACAACUGAUGUUUUGUCCCUGAUACAAUCUGUUACCACCGAAGCAGGAUCUGUCAUCAAUUCUCUCUCUCAUAAUUCAAAGCAAGGAGGCUCAGCUAACAUUCUUAAAUCCUCAAAGACAUCGUCCUUAGGUAGCUCGAAGAUGGAUGAGAUUUUCAUAGGGCUUCAUGAGUACAUCCUUGACAGCCUCAAAGUGUUACCAAAUAAUGAAACCAAUGUUGUAUUUACUGAUAAAAGGAAAAUGUUUUACCAAGGGUUGUUGCUCCUGGUAACAUUUCUUGUUGAUCCCCCAAAUCAGUACAUUGAAUGCAUACAGCAAAAUGAUCUCUUGACAGAAAUUGAAACUAUUGCACUUGAGGCUACAAAUGUUAUCCGUUCAUCUUACGAGGAUGCUGUAAAUAGAAAUGAAAGUAAGAAAGUCAAUCUAGAGAUCAAGCUUUUGACAGUGGCUUUCAAGCUUAUCAAGUCUGAGGGAAACUUGACACAUCUGCUAAAGCACAAAGCCACGUUGGAAGCUCAAAUUAUAGCUCUGAUUGAAGAUACUCAUGAAGAGCUUGUUUUCCUCAGAGCUUUUUUUAUAGAUCUUCUCAGGCAACACAAAGAGCUUUACAAAUUGCAUGAUCUUCUAGUGCAUGCUGAAGUGACUGCCCACAAUGCAGUACUAAUCAGUGGUUCUUGUUGUGAGGAAAUGAGUCUUUCAUUAGCUGUGUUGCUACGUGAGAUCAAGUCCAUCAAGGCAGAGGUAAGAAGCGUAUGCUUUGAAGAUUUGGAUGCAUCACCUUGCAACAUGACUAAGACAAAUGUAGAAGGCCUUGUCAAGUUUUUACUAAACAAUCUGGACAGGGUGUUCACCUGUGAUGCUGGUUCGAUCUCUUUUAUGAAGAAUCAAAUACCUGUCGUCCAAGAAAAUCUGGUGUGUUUGGGCUCUUUCCUUGAACAUAUUGUACAGCACCGCGACAUGCAUAGGGAACUCAAGGACCUCAUAGAACGUGUUCAAGAGGUCGUUAAUAGUUCAAAGUAUGUCAUUUUCUUCUCUGUCAGUUGUGAUAAUCCUGUUUGGUAUCACUUGUUAUAUCUUUAUGAUGUCAAACAAAUGCUUAAGUUUGUUGAAGAAGAGGUGAAAAUGAUUUGUUUCAAAGUCCCAGACUCUUCACUCUUUGGCUUCUCUAAGACCAGUGGAUUAGGAUUCCUCAAUUGUUUUUUGGGCAAGUUGGAUGAGCUGUUACAUUCUAAGCUUGAGUUAAUUACCGAAUUGAAGCAUCAGAUCGGAUCAGUCAAGGAAGAGUUGAUACAUCUAAGAUCUUUUCUCAGUCAUUUUUCAGAGAACAAUGGUGAGCAUGAUGAUGUUUAUGGUCUUGUAACAAGUGUUACUGAAAUGGCAUACAAAAGUGAGUAUGUUAUCGACUCUUGCUUGUCGAUUUCCUACCCACUCUGGUACAAAGUUCAUUGGAUUUCUGAAGUUGUCGAGAAUAUAAAGCUUCUUAAUAAAGAUGUUAGUGAGAUAUUUGGAAGAAAGCAUAUUGAAGUGACAUUGCAUGAAGUUGCAAAGACUUCCACUUAUCUUAUUGAGCCAUCUUUAUUAGCUAAUACUCUGACAGAAAAUGAAGAAAUGGUGCUUUUCCAGGAUGUGAUGGAGAAAAUAAAAAAGCAGCUACUUGGUGGAUCGUCUCAGCUAGACGUUAUCUCAAUAGUAGGCAUGCCUGGUUUGGGCAAGACUACUCUUGCCGAGCAGAUUUACAAUGAUCAGAUAGUUGCCGGUUACUUUGAUGUUCAUGGAAAGUGUCAUGUGACUCAAUCAUAUUCAUGGAGAGAAUUGUUGCUUACUCUUUUGAAUGAUGUUAAGCCUUCUGAUCACACGAAGAAAGCAGAUGAUCAAUUAGCUAAAGAGCUGCGUCAAGUUUUGUUGAUGAAGAGAUUCUUAAUCCUCAUUGAUGAUGUAUGGGACACAAAAGCAUGGGACUAUUUACAUAUGUGCUUUCAGGGUAUUAAAAAUAGUAGUAGAAUAAUCCUAACUACCCGGCUCUCUGAGGUGGCGCAAUAUGCUAAAUGUGAAAGUAAAAGUAAUCCCCAUGAUCUUCCUUUACUGAGAGAUGAUGAGAGUUGGAAGUUAUUACAGAAAAAGGUUUUCCAUGGAGACAACUGCCCAUCUGAACUUGGAGAUGUGGGCUUUCGGAUAGCAAAAAGUUGUGGCGGAUUGCCUCUCUUCAUUGUGCUAGUAGCCGGUGUUCUGAAAGAGAAAAAUAACAAAGCAAAUUUGUGGAAAGAAGUAGAACAAAGUCUAGAUGCACUGAACAUCGGUAGCUUGGAAGAGAGCAUGUCGAUAAUUGGAUUCAGUUACAUGAAUUUACCACAUCAUCUGAAGCCUUGUUUUUUGUAUUUUGGAGGAUUUUUGAGGGGCAAAAGCAUUCACGUCUCGAAAUUGACAAGGUUAUGGUUGGCAGAAGGUUUCGUACUUGAAAAUAAGGAAAAAGGACUAGAAGAUGUUGCACAAGAUUUCUUGAAAAACCUUAUUAGUAGAAAUCUAGUCAUGGACAUGGAGAAAAGGUUCAAUGGCAAGUUGAAAACGUGUCGUGUUCAUGAUCUAUUGCACAAAUUCUGUUUGGAGAAGGCCAAACAGGAGAAUUUUCUGCUCUGGAUCUAUAGAGAUGAUGAUGCGGAUGCUCGUAUCUAUCCUGACAAGCAUGAAGAAUAUCGUUUGUCCAUACAUUCUUGCCGGGAUGAGUUUGCUGAGUGGCGUCCACAUUGCUCAAGUAUCCGCUCUUUACUAUUCAAUGCCACCAGUGGUGAUCAGUAUACUACAAUGGCGCGUGAUAUCUCCUUCAUCCUUAACAGCUUCAAACUUGUUAAGGUAUUGGAUUUGGAAUCAAUCAACAUUGGUUAUACUUUUCCAAGUGAAAUAGAGUCUUUAAUUCACAUGAAGUACUUUGCUGCUCGGACUGGAGCAGAUUCAAUUCCUUCAUCUAUAGCUAAGCUUUGGAAUCUUGAAACGUUCAUUAUAAAAGGAAUGCGAGGACAGGUAACAUUACCAUGCUCACUUUUGAAUAUGACUAAGUUGAGGCAUAUACAUGUAAAUGACCGUGCUUCAUUUAAUCUCGACAAUAUGAGUGAAUCCCUUGCUAAUUCACAGUUAGCUAACUUGCAAACCUUUUCCACUCCAUACGUCUCUUUUGGUGAAGACGCGGAGAUUAUAUUGAGAAAGAUGCCAAAUUUGACAAAGCUAAAAUGUAUAGUUGGUUGCUCAAGGAAAUGGAGGGGAGAAUGUGUUCUGAUUCCUAGAUUAGACUUUCUAAGUCGUCUCAAAUAUUUGUUUUCCAACAACUGUCCAGUUGAAUGUCUACGAGGAUUCAAUUUCCCUUUGGAGCUAAGGGAGUUAACUUUGUCAAAUUUUUGUCUACCUUGGAGCGAAAUCUCAAUCGUUGGAACAUUGUGCAACUUGGAGGUUCUAAAGUUACUAAACAAAGCCUUUGAAGGCGUUCAGUGGAAUGUGAAUGAUACAGAGUUCCCUGAACUCAGAUACUUAAAACUGGACAGCCUCAACUUUGCUCAAUGGUCGAUUUCUGAGGAUUCGUUCCCUAGUCUUGAACGUUUGGUUUUAACAAACUGUAAGAGGCUUGAGAAAAUCCCUUCUUAUUUCGAGGACGUUGUUUCUCUAAAAAGCAUUGAAGUAAAUUGGUGCAGCUGGUCUGUUGCUAAUUCAGCAGAGGAAAUUCAAACAACGAAACGUGAAGAUAUGGCAAAUGAUGCGUUCACAGUUACUAUACAACCUCCUGAUUGGGAUAGAAUAUCAUCUCCUUGA